AUGGCUAGAACUAUUACAUUUGACAUUCCGUCCUGCUACCAGCUGGUUGAGCUAGUUGGCGAAGGGGCUUAUGGUACAGUAUGCUCGGCAGUGCAUAAGCCUUCGGGUACUAAGGUUGCUAUCAAGAAGAUUCAACCAUUUGCCAAACAAAUGUUUGUAACCCGAACGUUACGGGAACUUAAACUGCUUAAACUAUUCCAUAGCCAUGAAAACAUUAUUAGCGUACUGGAUGUUGUGCGGCCAACGUCUAUGGACAAAUUCCAGGCAGUCUACCUGGUACAAGAGCUUAUGGAGACGGACCUGCACAAGGUCAUCAGUGGCGGCGGGUCCAGCCUCAGCGAUGACCAUAUACAAUACUUCACGUAUCAGAUUUUACGAGCCCUCAAGGCGAUACACAGUGCACAGGUGAUUCAUCGAGACAUCAAACCUUCGAAUCUGCUGUUAAACUCUAAUUGCGACCUCAAGGUGUGUGACUUUGGGCUUGCUCGGUGCCUGGCAUCCAGCACCCACUCACGUCAAAACCUCGUGGGGUUCAUGACUGAGUACGUUGCCACAAGGUGGUACCGAGCACCUGAAAUUAUGCUAACUUUCCAGCAAUACACAACCGCAAUGGACAUCUGGUCCUGUGGAUGCAUCCUGGCGGAGAUGAUUACAGGCAAACCGCUUUUCCCCGGACGCGACUAUCACCACCAGCUAUGGCUCAUCCUUGAAGCAGUAGGUACGCCAUCUUACGAAGAUUUUGAAAACAUCAACUCGAAACGCGCGAAGGAAUACAUCGCUAACCUUCCACUUCGGCAAAAGUUACCGUGGCAAGUAGUUCUACAGACGCAAGAAGUCAAUCCAGAUGCCAUUGACCUACUGGAUCGGAUGCUCACUUUUAACCCUGACAAGCGCAUUAGCGCUGUUGAGGCCCUCAGCCAUCCGUACCUAAGCGUAUACCACGACCCGGAGGACGAACCUGAAUACCCGCCUCUCAACUUAGACGAUCCGUUCUGGAAAAUCGAUAAUGACCUCAAACAGCCUAGCGAGGAAAGUGAGCUUUCCAUAGACACCCUAAAGCAGAUGCUGUUUGAAGAAGUCGGAAAACCACUGCAUUAA